AUGGCUGCAACUACUGCUGAGCCUAUGGGCAGCCUGCCCAGUGGACUGGGGAUAUGCACCACAGCCCCAGAUAUAUUUUACCUGCCUGAACUGGUAUUUGGUGGUUUGGUGUGGAUUCUGGUGGCGUCGACCCACGUGGACCCUCCGAACCCUCUGGGCUGGGUGAUGUUUGUCUCCGUCUUCUGCUUCGUCAUGACAUUCCUCUGGUUGAUCAUUUUCGCUGCUGGAGCUCAUCAAAACAGCUCUGGCUGGGCUGCUCUUGAUUUAGCUUACCACGGCCUGGCAGUAUUGUUCUACCUCAGUGCAGGGGUGGAUUUGGCUUACAUCACCUUAACGAACAAAUCAGGCGAAUUAAGAAUCUACCAGAUUGACAUCGCUGCUGUGGUGUUCGCCUUCUUGGCCACACUCCUCUACUUCAUCCACACAAUCCUCUCCUCUAUCCGAUGGAAGAACUUCUGA